AUGGAUUUCAACAGCCUGAAGGACCAAGUGUCCAAUCUGACCUUGUAUGACCUCAAGGCCGGCGUACGCAAGGUCCAGAAUGCGGUCAUGAACUACACCGAAAUGGAGUCGAAGGUACGAGAAGCGACCAACAACGAGCCAUGGGGCGCAUCUUCGACACUCAUGCAGGAAAUCGCCAACGCGACCUUCAAUUACCAGGCCUUGAACGAGGUCAUGCCCAUGAUCUACCGCCGCUUCACCGAGAAGGCCGCCGAAGAGUGGAGGCAAAUCUACAAGUCGCUUCAACUGCUCGAGUUCCUGAUCAAACACGGUUCUGAACGAGUCAUCGACGACGCGCGCGGUCACAUCACCCUCCUCAAGAUGCUCCGACAGUUCCACUAUAUCGAUCAGAAUGGCAAAGACCAGGGCAUCAACGUCCGCAACCGGGCCAAGGAACUAGCGGAACUCUUGGGCGAUGUCGAGCGCAUCCGGUCGGAGCGAAAGAAGGCUAGGGCCAACAAGGCCAAGUAUACAGGCGUAGAGGGAGGCGGAAUGGCAGGGUUUUCAGGCAGCGGCGCCGGCAGCAGCAGGUACGGGGGCUUCGGCAGCGAAUCGGCCGGCUCUGGUGGUUCCGCUGUGGGAUACGGUGGCUUUUCUGGUGGCGUCUACGGUGAUGGCGGCGGCUUUGGCGGACAGUCAGACGACUGGAGGGAUUCCGGCAACCGCGGCGACAAAUUCGAGGAAUACGACGAAUUCGACGAGGGAUCAGCGGGGGCGAGCUCUUCGCGCGCGAGGCCAACCGAGAGAGCUGAGAGGGCUGGGGUCAAGAAGACUACGCCCGCGGAGCCACCCAAGAAGAAGCAGCCCGAGGUUGAUCUGUUCUCUUUCGACGACCCCGAGCCCACGGCUGCCUCCUCCGCGGCUGCCUCGGCGCCUUCGAAUGGCUCUGGACUCGCGUCACUGUCGGCUCCCGCCAACGACGACGACGACGACUUUGAUGAUUUCCAAUCGGCGACCCCUGCCACCCAACCGCCGGCCCCGUCGAACACCUUCGCCAUCCCGCCACCCAUGGUCACGUCGAGUGUCCAAUCAACAGCGCAAUUCGCGGCUCCAAGGCCCGUGUCCGGCCCGCAGCAGGCAAAUCUUUCUGAUAUGAUGUCGUCCAUUUCUCCGCCGGGCAGCUCUACCACGACACCCGCUGCCAACUAUUCUUCCUUCAACAUCCCAGCGGCCGCUGGCCCAACAAUGCAAGCGCCGAAGCCUGCGGGCUACCAAGCAUCAACACCUAACUACUACCAGUCGGUUCAAGUGCCGCAGCAGACCGGAUCAUCGAUGGCAGGCAUGUCAUCCAUGUCUUCAGGGACUACCCCGUUGGGCAUGUCGGCACACAACCGUCCUGCAGGCACUGCGACGGCCAAGCCGAGUGCUGGCGGUGAUCCGUUCGCCAAUCUGUGGGGGCAGGCUGGCUCUGGCCUGAGGAAGACGAGCACGCCCACCGCCGGCCCUAAGAUGGGACAGCUUGCCAAGGAGAAGACCAGUGCUUCUUUGUGGGGAGCGCCUGCUUCUAGCACCCCCAAGCCCACUGGCCCUUCACAGGGUGGUAGCAGUGGCCUAGAUGACUUGCUGGGUUGA